AGAAAACACCUGGGAGAGUCAAGAUGAGUCUGCCGGACUACAAAUCAUCUGAAAAACAGUCUUCAGCUGCCAUCACACACUCUCCUGUUGUGCAGUUGAAUGUCGGGGGUCAUCUGUUCACCACUUCUCUGAGCACGCUCAGGAAACACCCUGAGUCCAAGCUAGCUGAGCUGUUCAACAAACAUCCCAAACUAGGCACAGAUGCACAGGGACGCUACUUCAUCGACCGCAAUGGCUCCAACUUUGGAGCCAUCCUAGAGUUCCUGAGAUCAGACUGGCUGCCCACAGAGAACAUCCAGGAGGUUCACAGGGAGGCCGUGUACUACAACAUCAAACCACUGAUCAAACAUUUGGAGGAAACUCCUCAGCUGUUUGGAGAGCUGGUGGGGAGGCAGCAGUUCCUCUCCAGAGUCCCUCACUACAAAGAAAACAUUGAGGUCCUGAUUCGUAUUGCCAGAGCCGAGGCUAUAGCUGCCCGCCACUCCACCAUCAUGAUCUGCGUACUGCGGACAGAGGAGGAUUUGGGUUUCUAUGACAAUGCCAUCAGCAGCCUGGAGGCGGAUAAGGAGUCAGUGGUGACGUUCGGACCGUGGAAGGCCAUCCUGUCUGUCCAAGACCUGCUGGACUGUGUAAAGAUGGACAUCGAGAGUCAGGGCUACAGGGUGGACAUCCAGCCGCACAUCGUAGAGAAGAGCUUCUUGUCCAGGAGCUAUGACUACUUCCACAAACUCAUAUUCACCUGGUGGUGAUGGGAGGGCUGCUUUUCUUUUCUUUUUUUUUCUUUUUUUAUUCAGAGCACAAGUGGAACAUUUACAAACUGUGUUUUUUUUUUUUUUUUUUUUAAAUAACUGCAUUCUGAUAGACCAAAUAGUUCCUAAAUACUUUUUUAUUGAAGUUGUUUCUGCACCUCUGUGGAAAAAGGGGUCUUGGUUUUGAACACCAGGCACUUUAGACACAAGGGGUCGGUAAAGCAUCUGUAUAUAAUGACUUUUAAAGGUAGAGUCAUGGGCCCAAUAAAGUAUUUUCAUAUCAACUUUCUUAUGAGACAGAUCUUAUACAGACCUUAUAGUUAAUUCCAGGUGCCUAUAAACAUGGAUAUAGUUUCUUUUUCUGUGUAAUGUCAGUGAAAUCUGCUGCUAAAUUUUAAUAAACAACAACU